AAAAUGAUCUCUACUUUCUUUAAUAGCAUCCAAUUUCCUUUCAUCAUCAUAUUCUUCUUAAUUGUUGGCUUGUCAAAUGGUGAAGCCGUAAACUAUAAAACAUGCUCAGCUCCAUUCUCUUGCGGGCAAAUUAAAAACGUCCCGUACCCGUUUUGGGGAGGGAAUCGUCCUCAAAUUUGUGGGAUCCCAAACUUUGGGUUCAAUUGUGGUUGCGAUGUGAAAAAAAAUUAUCCCACUAUGAAUUUUGCUCAUAACGGAUAUACUAUGUUGAGCGUACUUAAUAUUGAUACGUCUACAAACACCAUGUUAGUUUCCCUAGAUAAUUUGAUUAAAAAAUGUUAUUUGUUCAAUACGAACAAGGUAUCAUUGCUUCCCAAUUUAAAGCCAGCCAAAAAUUACAAGAUAACAUACUUGUACUAUGGUUGCGCUAGUUGCGUCUCUAGGUACCGCCCUUACUACUCUUUUAAUUGCUCCAACGAUGAAGACGGUACCCUUAGUAGUGUUUAUUACUUUGGAGGCCCUUCAGCGCCUUCAGUGUCAUCAGACACGGGUAAAUCGUUGUCCUCGUGCUUGUGCAGCAACAAGAUUUAUGUUGCGGUAAGCGAGAGAGGGUUAGACGAGCUUAGAAGCACAAAUGCCACUCUUCGAAGUAUUUUAACCACGCCCAUUAAGAUGGAGUACAUGGCCAACUUCACUGCUUGUUCUAAGUGCGAAGAGUCUGGUGGCAGAUGUGGUUCAUAUCCUUCUUCGGAUGAGUUUGUGUGUUACUGCCGAGAUGGUCCUUGGUCGUUAGCAUGUUCUCAAUCAGGGGCUGGUGUAGCUGCUUUAUUACUAGGAAUAGUAAUGCUGGUAAUUUUUCUGUUCAUUUGGAAAAGCAAAAAACGAAAAACAAAUAAAUAUUCAUUCCUAUGGAGUAGAAAAGCAAUUGGGGAUCAUAAUAUAGCAACCUUUUUAGAAAGCUAUGGAUCCUUAGCCCCAACAAGGUACACGUACGCAGAUAUACGAAAGAUGACCAAUUCAUUCAAAGAUAAACUUGGCGAAGGAGGUUAUGGAAGUGUUUACAAAGGAAAAUUAUACGAUGGUCGCGUUGUGGCGGUGAAGAAAUUGAAGUAUUCAAAGGGUGAUGGAAAAGAUUUCAUCAAUGAGGUAUUGAGUAUGAGUAGAACUAAUCAUGUCAAUGUCGUCAUUCUUUUAGGUUUUUGUUUCGAAGGAAACAAUAGAGCUCUUGUAGUUGAGUUCUUAGCCAAUGGAUCUCUUGAAAAGUUUAUGCACGGUAGAGAGAUUGACGAACCAUUGCAAUGGGAAACCAUGUUCAACAUAUCAAUUGGAAUCGCCAAGGGACUAGAUUACCUACAUAGAGGUUGCAAUACGCGAAUAUUGCACUUUGACAUUAAGCCUCACAAUAUUCUUCUUGAUGAAGAAUUCCGCUCAAAGAUUUCUGACUUUGGGCUAGCCCGAUUGUGUUCACAGAAGAAUAGCAUAAUAUCAAUGUCGGAAGCUAGAGGGACCAUUGGAUACAUUGCUCCUGAAGUUUUAUGUAAAUAUUAUGGCAAUGUUUCCCAUAAAUCAGAUGUUUAUAGCUAUGGGAUGAUGCUAUUGGAUCUAGUAUGUGGUAGACAAAUUGGCAACAAUGAAACUCAAGGCAACAGUGAAAUGUACUUUCCUGAAUGGAUAUAUAAUCGACUUGAGCCUGUGGAAGACGUUUCAAUUCACGGGGUUAUAAAUGGCGAUAAUGAGGUAGAGAGAAAGAUGAUUAUAGUGAGCUUAUGGUGCAUACAAUCGUAUCCCGCCAAUCGGCCAUCUAUGAAUCGAGUUGUAGAAAUGUUAGGAGUGUCGUUGGAGUCUUUACAAAUACCUCCUAAGGCAAAUUGUUCUUCCCCAACAACAUUUGUGUUUGGUUCUUCGCCUAUGGUAACCACUCGAGACAAUUUUUGUUAA